UGGCUGAAUGUCGUUUAUUAUCGCGGGUCGAUCGAAAGAGAGCAUCAUGCAGAUCCGGGGCUCGUAUACGCGGGCACGCGGGGUAGCACGGUCAACCCUCACUAUGGCUUCACGGGAGGGUAGAAUAGCGCAACUUUGGGUUCUUGUCCGGCUCAAUUCGCAAUCUUGGCUGCAUGAUGGUCUUGGGCAGCUUGCGUGGUGGAAGUAAUAAAGAGUCGGCUGCCUCAACGAUGCAGAUGUGGGUAGUCCAGCAGCGGUAGCGUACACAUCGUAACCAUGAUGCAUUCCGCCUCAUCUCUCCUUCUCUUUGGCGCCACUUUGCUGUCGACCACCCACGCUAUCGGUCCCGAUUGUGUCAAUGGCCCGUUGAAAGACAACAAGAUCUGCGAUGUCAAUGCCGCGCCAACGGAACGGGCAACAGCCCUCGUUGCGGCUAUGGAAAACGAAGAGAAGCUCGAUAAUUUGAUGAGUAAAUCCAGGGGUGUGGCGCGACUGGGCCUUCCAGCCUACAACUGGUGGGGCGAAGCAUUGCACGGUGUAGCAGGAGCCCCAGGAAUCAACUUCACAGAACCGUUCACGAACGCCACCUCUUUUCCCAUGCCGUUGCUCAUGUCUGCUGCCUUUGACGAUGACCUAAUCUACAAGAUUGCCAACAUCAUCGGAAACGAGGCACGCGCAUUUGGUAACGGUGGUGUGGCACCCGUGGAUUACUGGACCCCAGACAUCAACCCAUUUCGCGAUCCUCGCUGGGGUCGGGGCUCAGAAACGCCUGGCGAAGACAUUCUCCGCAUCAAAGGCUACACAAAGAGUCUGCUUGCCGGACUAGAGGGCGAUCAAGCUCAAAGGAAGAUCAUCGCGACAUGCAAGCAUUACGUUGGCUACGACAUGGAGGCUUGGGGUGGCGUCGAUCGCCACAACUUCGACGCCAAAAUCACGAUGCAGGAUCUGGCGGAGUACUACAUGCCACCUUUCCAGCAAUGCGCACGAGACUCAAAAGUUGGAUCGUUCAUGUGCUCGUACAACGCCGUCAACGGCGUUCCCACCUGCGCCGACACAUACGUGCUGCAGACGAUCUUGCGCGAUCACUGGAACUGGACGGAAAGCAACAACUACAUCACCAGUGAUUGCGAGGCCGUCGCUGACAUUUCCGAGAACCACAAUUACACAGAUACGCUCGCCGAGGGCACAGCAGUUGCCUUUAUCGCCGGCAUGGACAACAGCUGUGAGUACUCAGGAUCUUCCGAUAUUCCUGGAGCUUGGAGUCAAGGACUCUUGAAUGUCUCCGUCAUAGACAGGGCACUCACGCGCCAGUACGAGGGUCUUGUUCGUGCUGGCUACUUCGAUGGUGCUGGAGCUGUAUAUGCAGACCUGGGCAUCGACGAUGUGAACACACCGGAGGCACAGCAGUUGUCUCUUCAAGUUGCGUCAGAAGGUCUUGUCAUGCUGAAGAACGACCAAACUCUUCCUCUCGCCCUCUCCAACGGAUCCAACGUCGCCAUGAUCGGAUUUUGGGCUAAUGACUCGUCGAAAUUGUCCGGCAUCUACAGCGGCCCUGCUCCCUACCUGCGUACUCCAGUGUGGGCCGGUGAGCAACUCGGUUUGAACAUGUCUAUCGCUACAGGCCCAAUUCUGCAGAAAUCCAGUGCCCGCGAUAACUGGACAACAAAUGCGCUGAACGCGGCAGCAGGAUCCGACUACAUCAUGUACUUUGGUGGUCUCGACACUUCAGCAGCGGCAGAAGGCUUCGACCGUACCGACAUCAGCUGGCCUAGCGCGCAAGUUGAACUCAUCACCAAGCUUGCUCAACUUGGCAAGCCUCUUGUGGUCGUUGUACUGGGCGAUAUGGUCGACAACUCUCCCCUACUAUCGAUGGAAGGUGUGAACUCCGUUAUAUGGGCUAAUUGGCCUGGUCAAGAUGGUGGAUCUGCCGUCAUGCAAGUCAUUACUGGCGCGCAUGCAGUCGCCGGGCGCCUACCAAUCACGCAAUACCCCGCGAGCUACACCAAUCUCUCGAUGUUGGACAUGAACCUCCGCCCCGGUGCCGUCAGUCCAGGUCGCACCUACCGCUGGUAUAACCAAUCGGUACAGCCCUUUGGAUUUGGCUUGCAUUACACCACCUUUGCUGCGAACUUCAGCAGCAGCGAGGGCCUCACCUACAAUAUUCAAGAUAUCAUGAGCGAUUGUACGCAGGAGCAUCCUGAUCUAUGCGCCGCUGCGCCACUGGAGGUUGGCGUGACGAACAAGGGUAACAGGACUUCGGAUUUUGUAGCUCUAGCUUUCAUCAAGGGUGAGGCUGGGCCCAAGCCGUACCCGCUCAAGACACUGGUCUCAUACGCGCGAUUAAGGGACAUCUCUGCCGCACAAACAAAGAUGGCAUCGCUUUCUCUCACUCUCGGAACGCUGGCACGCGUCGACCAGAUGGGCAACACAGUCGUGUACCCGGGGGAGUACACGGUGCUUCUCGAUGAGCCUACACAAGCAGAGCUGAAGCUCACCAUUACGGGUGAGGAGACUGUCUUGGACAAGUGGCCGCAGCCCCCAGCAGCUUCGUAGGUGAUAGAAAAAACAUCGCCAUUGAGAUAGAUGAGGAUCAAAGACCUUUGCAGUGU